GACUUGUUAAACGUAACUUUGAUAUGUAUUGAUAGCUCAAUCAGUGUUGAACCAUUUUUGCAGUUGGAAAACAACGUUUCUUUGAACUGUGUUUCUGUACUACUGGAUUGCAUGAAGAAGCUCUGCUGGGUCCUGAAACGAUCCAUAAGCAUUAAUUCCUGCUUAAAUUGUCAAUACCGGCAAAUUAAAAAUAUGGUAAAUACGGAAGCAGUAGAAGCGAUGAAAGCCGCAAAGGCUAUUGUUCCAUCACUACGGGACGACGGACACAAGGGAUCAUCUGGGAGGAUAGGUGUUGUUGGUGGCUCUCUUGAAUACACGGGAGCACCAUACUUUGCAGCAAUCUCGGCUUUCAGAGUGGGUUGCGAUCUAAGCCAUGUCUUCUGCUGUAAAGAAGCAGCACCUGUUAUAAAAUCCUACAGCCCAGAUUUGAUUGUCCAUCCAGUGCUUGAUGCUCCAGAUGCACCAGAUCAGGUGUUUCCAUGGUUGGAACGCCUUCAUGUGUUGGUUGUUGGUCCUGGAUUAGGUCGUGAUCCAAAAAUUUUGGAUUCAACUGCAAGAAUUGUUGAAGCAUGGCGUUCAGAGAAAAAGCCCCUUGUUGUGGAUGCAGAUGGCCUCUUCCUCGCUGGAAAGUACCCAGAUAUUCUGCGAAAUUAUCCUGGAAUACUUGUGGUUACUCCUAAUGUAGUAGAGUUCCCUCGACUGGUGAAAACAUUCUGUGAGACAUCUGGGUCAGAAGAAGACAAAACGGUUCAGGCAAAAUGUCUAUCUCAAGAACUAGGGCAAUUUUCAGCAAUUCUUCAGAAGGGACAAGAAGACACCAUAACUUCUAGUGAAGGAUGUGUUUGGGCUGUGAAAGCUGGUGGUUCACCAAGGCGCUGUGGUGGCCAGGGAGACUUGCUGUCAGGGAGCUUAGCUACUUUCUUGUACUGGGCAUCACAGACUGCACCACCAGAAAAAGCUGGUCUUGUAGCAGCAUAUGCUGCUUGUAAGCUAAUACGUGACUGCAAUUCACGUGCCUUUGCUGAGAAGGGCAGAGGAGCAAUCACAUCUGAUAUGCUCCACUACAUUCCUGUUGUGUUUAACUGCUUGUUUGAAAAAUGAGAGCACUUCUGUUAUUGCACUGGAAAGAACACUUUUACACCAAAGGUCCUGUCAAAUUUUCUGCAUGCUUGGUGAAAAAUGGUAUCCCUCAGCUAGUGAUGACUGAAUGAUAUCUUUAUUUACAGAUUUUAAGAUACCUAUAAAGUUUGCUGGAGUCAUUGCUACUACAGGCAACUUUGAAAGCACAUAAUUUGAUGUGUUUGCUAUGUUUUGUGUUUCUUUUUCCUUACUAUUUUAUUAUUAUUUGAUUGACAUAUGACUGCUGCAGAACUUAUCGCAAAAUCUAAAAAACAAUAUUACAAAGAGGAUUGAUCACUACUUACCAUAUAGAGGAGAUGGUGAGUCACAGACAGGUGCAAGAAAAAGACUGCUAUGCAUGUGAGCUUUCGGCCAAAAGCCAUUCUUCUAAUGUAAAAAACACACACACAAAUGCACACGACCUAUGUGGUCUGACGCCUGGCCAGAGACGUGGUUUUCAAUGUACAAGUUGUGUUUUUGUGAAUGUGUGUGUGUUUUGUUCAUUAGAAGAAGACCUAUUGGCCAAAAGCUCACAUGUAUAACAGUCUUUGUCUUGUGCCUGUAUGCGACUCAGCAGCUCCGCUAUAUUGUGAGGAGCAGUCUAUCCCACUCAUAGUACAUUGUCAUUAUUCUGUCCUGGGUUUUCCAGUGAUUUAUCACAAAUUCUGAUUUUUCUCUGUAUAUUUUGAACAUUGUGUCACAUAUUAUAGAAUGAGUAAAAGUCAGAUUUUAUGUAACUAUUAUAUUUCUGUGCUUACUCAGAUUCCUUCCUUGUACAAUGAUUUUAUUUGGAAGGAGUUUUAUCUUGUAUCCACUUUCAUUAAUAACAAGGUUCGUUUGGCAUUUGAUGUUUUUUUGUGUAUUUCCCUUAUAAAAACUGAUAACUUACAUGCUAAGUGAAUCACCAAUGUGCGCAGUACAAAAUAAUAAGCAUACAUAUACUGAAAAAAAUACAAAGGGGAAGAAUCUAUUAAAAUGUAAGAAAUUGUGAUUACAGCCACACUGGUAACAGUGUGUAGUGGAUUGCAAUAAGUAUUGAGGCUGUAUUGUUUGAGUUUUGGUAGUUAAAGGAACAGAAUUAUUUACUGUGAGGUGCAUGGUACCUUUCUAGAUUUAUGUAUGUAACACCCUGUAAGGCCAGUAUUACACAAUCAUAUUUCUUUCACAAAGAAGUAUGACUGAACAUCCAUAAAAUUUCUUUGACAAAAAUCUUUGACAUAGCACUAUAAAAUGAUAUUUCUCGGUCAUUGUAUAUUUUGUCAAAAUUCAAGAUCGCUGACAAAAGGUGCUUGUUAUUAUGCACAGCAGUUGCUUGUUCAACAAUUGUACUAGGUCGUAUUUGGAAGAGAAGCAGAGGACAAAAAGGAAAUGUACUUGGGUGAAGCUGUCACUUUUACAAGAUGAUAAAGGCAUUCAGCAGAAUUUGUUAUGUGAGCUGCAAGUGGAGGAUGUCAAGUCACAUAAAUUACUUAAGUGUGGGUGAGAAUACGUUUCAGUAUUUGCUCAGUGAAGUGACUCCUCAUAUCACAAUGCAGAAUACUCACUUAAGAAUUGCUAUAUCUGCAGACGAAAGGCUCACAGUAAUUCUCCAAUUUCUUGCUGUAGGACAGAGCUUACAAUACAGCACUCAAAUACCACAAUACACAUUAACUAAAAUAAUCCCUGAAAUGUGUGAAGCACAAAAGGACCAAUAUGUGAAGGUAAAUAAAUGUUCAAUACAAUUUAUGUGCAUUAAGAACUAUUUUUAUUUUUAAACAAUGUAAUAAAUACAGUUUGUGUCCCAACAACUACAAAAUUAAUAGAAAUGUACGAAACUGAUGACACACUUUUUAACUUGAUGCAUCUGGAGUUCAAAAGUAGACAUAGUAGGAUGGAGAGCUCAGAAUUUUUUUAAUAUUAAAGUGUGUCUUUCUCCUGUAUUCUGGCUUUCUGAAAAGUUGCUUCAAUGUAUCCAGAGGUGGAUGGCUGUGGCUGUGAUUGUGGAAUUGUCGCCAGCAGCAUAUCCCACCUGCCCAUCAGCAAAUGAUUAUUGCGUGCAUAAUGCCCCCUAACGAAAACCUCACUCCCCAUAUUAUCCACCUCCCACAGUUCAUCUGUGAUGUGGGUGGCAAAGACACUCUAUCUUCCCAGGCAGGGUGGGACUGGUUUCUGCUCAUAUUGACCACUGCCCUCAAUGUUUUGGCGCCCUCCAGAAGAACAUCUGGUGAUACUUUUCUUUUCUUUGUGAGAAGCUGUUCAUGUUGCUGGAGCUGGGGCUGUGGUUGUGGCUGUGGCUCACUGUAGGCAACUUCCAUCUCAUCUUCUAAAGAAUAUUGAGCCUCUACUUCAUGCUAUAAAUAUAAAAAUGAAAACCAUUUGUUACAUAUUAUCUUAGACAUAUAUUAAUUUUGUUUAUAGGUACCCACAAGCAGAGAAGAGUGGGAGCAAAUUGCAAAUGAUUUCGAGGAAAAGUGGAACCAUUAUAACUCUAUAGGAGCAAUAGAUGGAAAACAUAUUCACAUCAAAAGUCCACAAGCUAGUGGCUCUCACUUUUUCAAUUAUAAAUCCUUUAAGAGCAUAAUUUUGUUUGCCAUGGUAGAUGCUACAUACAAAUUCUUGUAUGUUGAUGUAGGAACUAAUGGACGUGUUUGUGAUGCUGGAGUGUUUUCAAAAAGUGAACUAUGGGAGAGUCUCAUUGACUGAUCUAUUCUGAACAUUCCUGAAGGCAGAAAGCUGGGUAACACACACAUUACAACUCCAGUGGCACAUGAUGCUUUUCUUUCAUUUUCACUACAACAUUAUGAAGUUAUACCCCUUGAAGGAAAUUACUAAGGAAGAAAAGUUUUUCAAAUACAGGUUGUCAAAUAAGGAGACUAUUGGAAGCCACCUUUGGCAUUCUUGCCAGUCGUUUCAGGAUUUUUCUUACUACCAUUAAUCUAUGUCUAGAAAAAGUUCCUACAAUAACACUAGCUGAUUGCAAACUGCAUAACUUGCUAGCCAAGAGGAGAAAACACAUGUACAUUCAUCAGGAAACGGUGCCUACCAUAGCAGGGAACUGCAGUUAUCUUGAGUGACAAAACACUGAGUACCUGCAGCAAAUGGGACCUGUAGUUUUCCAAGCAGCCUCUGGACAUCCAGUACAUGGGAGAAAGGUUCAUGCUGGGAAAGUGCCCUGCCAAGACAAUCACAUUUUGUAAAUGUAAAAUGUAAAAAAAAAAAAAAAAAAAAAAAAAAAUACACCUACCUCAAAAAUGAGUGUUCCUUGUUCACUGCCACUUUCUGUAUCCUCUACAUUACAUACAGACCACUGUGGCCUGGUCCUGGAAUUUCGGU